AUAUAAAUCGCCACAUGACAGGCGCUGGGCAGUAACUUAGUGGAAGACGAAAGAGAAAAGUUCUGGUGCAUCAAGACCUACCCAAUUUUAUUUUAAGAGAUAGCAAAUAACACCAGGCAAAAGACUGAUCGGUGAGAGUGAAACCGUGAUCAUGAAUUGGAAGACCGUAGCCGUGAUGCUAUGGGCCGUAGCUUGUGUAGCGGGCAAGCCGGCGUCACUUUUGUCUGUUCUAACAGAAAGUGCCGACGUUCAUACCAGACACGCUCGCCAAAACUCUGCAUGUUCUGGCGGAGACGAUCAAUCAGGAACCUCGGGAGAAGUCCAGCUUCUUAACUAUGGAAACAACCAAGUUUGUGAAUGGAAGAUCACAACUACUGCUGGAAUGGAAAUCCGCCUAAGCUUCGAGUCCUUCAACGUGGAGACGCAAUCUUCGUGUGUUUGGGACUCCUUAACGGUGUAUGACGGCGACUCAGCUUCGGCACAAGCGCUGAUUAAAAUGUGUGGGAAUAACCCUAAAGUGGGCGACGGCAUCGUAUCUUCCGGCAACACCAUGUUUAUACGAUUUAGAUCUGAUGGUUCUGUGACCAGGCCUGGCUUUACUAUCAGAUGGGAAGCUGUUCCCGAUGGAACUGCUGUGGACACGUCCCUCGGUUGCAGUUCUCAGCAAACUCUCCAGACUUCUGGAACCCUCAACCCAUUCCGAUACAAUGUCCAAAACUAUCCCAAUAAUGAGUUAUGUGAAUGGGUUAUCCAGGGCCCAACCGGUCAGGGAGUCAAAUUGACGAAUGCUUUCUUCAACGUUGAAUCCCAAAGCAGCUGCUCGUAUGAUGCGUUGGAAGUGUACGACGGUUCUUCUGCGAGUGCUACACGUAUCGGCAAAUUCUGUGGAUCAUCCAUUUCACAGCGGGAAAUUCAGUCCACAGGCGAUUCACUUUUCCUUCGGUUUAAAUCGGACUCGAGUGUAAGAAGACAGGGCUUUGUCUUUGCUUAUGAACCCAGAGAUGAAGGCACGGAGGGCUGGGGCUCGUGGUCAUCUUGGAGCGGCUGCUCGGUAAGCUGUGGUGGCGGUACCAGGACCCGCACAAGAGCAUGUUUGGGCGGUGUCUGUGAAGGAGAUAGUGAGCAAACAGAAGCAUGCAACACACAGGGAUGCCCAGACUGCCCGCCUGCCAAUAACCCCCGGGUGAUCACACUGACCAGUGGCCCAUACGUGUUAGAACCAUUCCCAGGUGGCAACUAUGCAAACUUCCUGGACUGUCACUGGAGAAUCGAAGCAGAUUCUGACGUCCCUGUCAUCGCCACGUAUUCCUCCAUGUCUAUCGAGUCUCACAGUAGCUGUGCUUACGACUGGGUUCAGACCUACGACGGAACCUCUAUCAAUGCCCAGCCCCUAGACCGGAAGAGGUGCGGAUCUGCUCUCCCGCCGGCAGUGACAUCUACUGGAAAAGACAUGUUCUUGAAAUUCCACAGUGACUAUUCUGUUGUAUUUGGUGGAUUCGUAGUAUCGUUUGAAAAACAAGGACCUAUCGAUGGUAACUGGGCAGAGUGGGGAGACUGGAGCGAUUGUGACGCCACAUGUGGUGGUGGCACUCAGUCACGAAGCAGAACAUGUACCAACCCUCCUCCUUCCAACAAUGGCGCUGAUUGUGUGGGUCCCUCAUCAGAGACUCGAACAUGUAAUCCUGAUGCUUGCCCAGUCCCUGUCGACGGAAUGUGGUCCACCUGGUCAGGAUGGACUGGCUGUAGCGUCACUUGUGGAACUGGUUCUCAGAGCAGAUCCAGAACUUGUACUAAUCCUCCCCCAUCCAACGGAGGGGCUGAUUGUAUUGGAGGAACCACUGAAUCCCAAAUCUGCACUCUAGAUCCGUGUCCAAUUGAUGGUGGCUGGGGAAGCUGGUCAACGUGGUCAUCAUGUACAGUUACCUGUGGUGGUGGGGUCAUCUCCAGGAGCAGAUCAUGUGACAGCCCUCCACCCCAGUUUGGCGGUCAAAACUGCUCAGGCAGUGAUGUUGACACCCAGGAAUGUGCAACAAACACGUGUCCAAGUUGGAGCGAGUGGUCCGCGUGGUCUGACUGUUCCAAAACCUGCGGCGGUGGCUCUCAGAGCAGAUCCAGAAGUUGCACAAGUUCAACAGGAGUACACGACGACAGCGAUUGUCCAGGAUCCUCCUCCGAAACGCAGGCCUGUAAUACCGACGUUUGUCCAGCUCCAGUCGACGGUGGAUGGGGAGAGUGGAGUGCUUAUGGAGACUGUAGUGUUACCUGUGGUGAUGGCACAAAGACCAGGACCAGGGAAUGUAAUAGUCCACCUCCCGCGAACGGGGGCGCCGACUGCGAAGGAAACGGUUCAGAAACAAGCGCGUGCAAUUUAGGAGCAUGUCCAAUCGAACCUGAUGAUGAUUGGGGUUAUUGGACAACAUGGACAGCAUGCUCCACAACCGUAUGUAGCGCAAAUAGCGCCAGAACCAGAGCCAGAAAAUGCCUUGGAACCAAUUGUCCUGGAGCAAACUUCCAGUUUCAACCAUGUUUCCCUAACUUCCCUACAUGCGAGGGAUACAGUGAGUGGACCAAGUGGUCUCAGUGCUCUGCCAACUGUGGAGGCGGUCAAAGAACCCGCACUAGACAAUGCCUCGGCAGCCAAUGUGACGGACCCAGCAGUGAAUCACAGUCAUGUAACAAUUUCAAUUGUCCAGUGUGCCAACCUGCAUCUAAUCCAGCAGUUAUCACAAUAACCGAUGAUGGUCAAAUUUUGGAGCCAUUCCCCGGGGCAAAUUACGGCGCUAAUUUGGACUGUUACUGGCUCGUUCAAUCAGAUACCAAGAUCAGAGCGGAGUUCCAAUACCUUGGUAUACAGUAUAGUUCCACCUGCGGCACUGACUAUUUAAUUGCAAGGGACGGACCCGAAACAAGCAGCCCUCAAAUUAAUAAAAUUUGCGGCACAUACGCUGGAGCUUUCCAGUCGACGCAGAACCAGAUACUGUUGCAUUUCCAUUCGAGUAGCUCCACAAGCGAUAUUGGCUUCCAGAUUACCUUCACUAAGCUGUGUACCGGGGAUCAACACAGGUGCGGCGAUGGAACCUGCAUUGAAAGAGCCAACGUCUGUGACAACACGCCACAGUGUUCCGACGGCAGUGACGAACCUGGAGACGGUGGUUGCGGAUGGAUGCCAUGGGGUUCUUGGAGCUCGUGUUCAGUUCUCUGUGGAGGCGGUACCAAAACCCGCACCAGAUCUUGUGUAAGCGGCAACCCAAGUCUACACUGUCCCGGCGCCAGCAGUGAUUCCGUUUCGUGUAAUACUCAAGUUUGUCUCGAUUGCCCGCCAGAAACUUCCCCUAGGGUUAUUACCGUUGGCUCUGCGGACGAGAUUUUCGAACCCUGGCCAAAUGCGAAUUAUCAGAACGACAUGGACUGCUUCUGGCUCGUUGAAGCAUCCGCCCAGAUUGAGAUCAACUUUAAUGCUGUAUCGAUUGAAAGUCACUCCAGCUGUGCAUACGACUGGUUAGAGUUCUUUGACGGUUCCACUGUCGACGGUACUGUUAUUGGUGGGAAAGUGUGCGGAACCUCCACGCCCUCCGCCAGGGUAUCCAAGUCCAAUACUGUACUGGUCAAAUUUCACUCCGACUACUCAGAAGUCCGCAGUGGAUUCAAACUUACUUUCAGUGAAGCUUGCGGUUCCAGCGAAUAUCGGUGUGAUAAUGGCCAAUGCGUAUCUGGAGCAAGGUGUGAUAACGUUACUCAGUGUCAGGAUGGCAGUGAUGAACCGUCGUCUUGCUUCCCAGACCUCUCCCAGUGUGGUAUCCGAAAUAGCGGCCCGUCUGCAGCGAUUGUCGGGGGCACUGAAGCCACGCCCCAUUCAUGGCCAUGGCAGGUACGCAUGUACAUUCCCCCCGGUUAUAUGUGCGGCGGUGUUCUCAUAACUGACGAGUGGGUGCUGACGGCCGCGCAUUGCAUUCAAAGCACAAGUCCCACAGGCUAUCAGGCAAUCAUAGGUGACCACAGUAGGAGUACCACUGAAAGCGCCCAGGUGACAAAGUCACUCAGCAGAAUUAUCAAGCACGAGAGUUACAGCGGGGUGGUGUCUGGUUACGACAUUGCUCUGGUGAAACUCAGUUCUCCCGUCACCUUGUCGGCUGAGCGCAACAUAGCUUGCCUCCCCGCCAGUGGUGAGGAACUCAACGACGGGCACGAGUGUUGGACUACAGGCUGGGGCACAACGUCUUCUGGAGGGAGUACCAGCACUGUUCUGAGGGAGGUCCGUGUUGACUACAUCAAAACAACCACGUGUAGAAGUGAUUCGAAUUACAACAGUAUUGCUGACACGUCUGUCUGUGCCGGCGAAGCUGGAAAAGAUGCUUGUCAGGGUGACUCUGGCGGUCCUCUGGUGUGCAAGUUCGGCACUGGUUCUUCCGAAAGGUGGAAGCUAAUGGGCCUAACCAGCUGGGGUAGGGGCUGUGCGGCAGCCGGAUACCCGGGGGUGUACGCCAAGGUCUCCACCCUGGUCGACUGGGUUAACGAGAAGAUGCAGAAUAACUAAAACUGCCUAUCCGACGCCAUGACGAUUCACUGCAUUUUGGAAUGUUCAUUGUUUUAAACGUCUUUGGAAAAGAUAUUUAUAUUAAGGCAUGUUCAUUGUUUUAACAUUUUAAACGAAAUUCAGAUUUUGAAUAUUGUUAUUCUAAAUGGGUCUUGUUGUUGACAUUUUUCUCUUUUUUAAACUCUCACACGAAACAUGAAAUUUAUGUCACUGACCUUAAAUAAAAUUGCAUUUUUUUAUCUAAGAACUAUUGCCAAUGAAAAAAUUAAUAAAAUUUCAAUUGCUUCUGAAAACUGUGUUAAAAUAAAUUUUC